AGAACUCGAAAGAGGAAUAAACAUUAGGUACACAACCCACUGAGAGAGCUGCGCAGUGUUUCGAACCAUGGAAACACCAGUGCAGAAUUCUAAGAGAAGAAAAAGGAAGAAAAUUGUAGUGGAGACAGAGUUCAUAGAACCACAGACUGGCUUUGGAUGCCCAUUUGUGGGUUAUUUUCCUUCAGGCUAUGAUCCCCUAAAAAAUACCCACCAAAAAUCAUCUUCUCCUUGUUCUUCCCCUUCAAUAGAGGUUUCAGCCUAUCAAAAUACUACAAAGUUCAAGACGAAGCAGCUGCAACUAGUAGCCAGGGCCAAGGAAGCAAGCGUGGAUUUUGUUGGCUCUAAUUACUGUGGAGAAGGUGGCAUGUGGCAGCCCUGCAAUUACCUCAUGGGUGUUUUUGACAAGGAGAGCAAAACCCUCAAGGUCGUUCCCAUAUCUGGAGGCAGGGUUUUCAGAAUGGAUGCGAGAGUGCGGGGAGUGGACUAUGGUGAUGACGAGGAAGGAAAUGUUGAGGAGCUUACUGCUGAGGAGAGGCAGGAAAGAUACCGACUUCUUACAAAUACUUUUGGGACACACAAAAGUCGUUUACAGGCAAGGCGUCUUGCAAAGUCAAAAUUAAAGGAAGAAGCUCUAGGAGACCAGACUCAAAUUGGAAAAUUUUAUGAAGAAGCUGCAACAAAUUCAACUGUUUUGACAAAUGAGGAGGCACUUGCAAGGGCUAAUGCUAGCAUAAUCAGAAAUAUCCCUCCCUAUAAUGCCUCAGCCACAAAACCAGAAAAUAUUUAUCCAUUAGAGAAUAUCAUUCUCGCUGAAGAGUGGGAUUGGCAGCCUGAUAUUCACGAGCUGAUUGCAGCAGGAAAAAAUCCACAAACAUUACAUGCAUUUCAGCAAAGAACUGAUUAUCCCCACUUUGUUCGUAACAGGAUCUACAAAUUACGAUCUGAGACUGGGGAACAAUUGGAUAGACUUGCUCAUGUGUUCUCAUAUAUAACUCAUCUUCUUAAUUUCAAGGCCAUGCCAGUUUCUGCUAUCAAACAGCUACUAAGGGCAAGGACCACACUCGAGAAUGACAGAGAUGACAAAGGCACAUCACAUCUGAUGGAAUCAUCGAGAAUUCCUGGUGUUACCCUUGCUAAAUUUUUGAAGCUAUUUUCAGAUACAAAAGGAAACAUACCAAGAGAGAAGAGGGACCUGCUUAGCAGUUAUAUCCUUGUCCUCACUAUUAUAGCAGAUGGUUUUGAAACCGAACCAUUGGAUAUCGCAAAGGAUUUGAAAAUAACGAUGAAUGAUCUGGUAUCUCGUUAUCAAGAACUAGGCUGUAAGUCACAGAAAUCAAAAGGUAGCCAUAAAAUAACUCUUCCAGUUCCACUUGCUUUCCCAACGUUGCAGCAAAACCGAUCGAGGAAGAGAACACAGUGAGUGAACCUUAUUUCAGAAUACUUAUGUGGAGUUUUCUCCAAGGAAUUUAUUUCUUGCCUCUGAUGAGCCAUAGGGUUUUGUUUGUCUAAUUAAACUUAAAAUUUCUUGGCUCAUUCUUCACAUGUUUCAAGCAUUUAAAGAUAUGAAAAUGUCUGCCCCUACAAAGUGAUGCAACUUAAGAUCUAGGGUUUGAGCUCUCUGUGGUUUGGAUGAGUUCAUCUUGAAAUGAUUAUUAUUAAAAGGGAUUUUUGGUACAGGCAUGGCCGUGAAGCCAUUUUUAAAAUUUUGUUUUCAAUGUAAGGCAGUUCUUGAUCAGAUUGCAUAAAUGCAUUGUCUUGUGCCCUAAACCUAUAUAAUAUAUCUAUAUGUUUUAAGACUCAUUGUCACCAGUGAGCUUUUAUCCCAGAUCAUGCAGCAUGAUGUAAGAGAUAUGCAUCUGGAGCCUCAUGUUUAUUACAUUGACAUCUCAAUUCCUCGUGUUUUCUAUCGAACAUUAAUAUAAUCAAUGACAUAUAUAUGAUUGCAUUUCA